AUGCCUGCAUUGGACGAAGCUCCGGGCGCAAGCUUAGAGUCAACAACCCACAUUCCAAUUGCAGAGCUCUCUCCGAAUCUCGCAGCACCCGCAUCUCGAUCUGUUAAGGCGAUAGUGACAUUGACGUGGCCCUUCAGCUCAGCUACUGGAGUUGUGGCGUUCCUUCUGGCAGAGCCGGAUUUUCGAUUGCGACGCGCGAGGGGUCAGGUACGGGUGCAAUUUGCGGGAUCCUGCGCAAGAAAAGUCGCCAACUCACAUAUUACAAGUGGAGAUGAAGUAUGCUUAUGCCUGGAUGGAGUAGAAUGGGUUCAGGAUGGCGACCAGGUUUCAACUCCUGGCAGAGGUGUUGAGUUCGAGCUACGGUUUACGGAAAGAGUUCUAUUAAAGUUUCGGCCAGAAGACUCCCAGGAAUCAAAGUUAAUUGACAUUGACCAUCCUCCCCCCGAAUCCGAGCUUCCAAUCGCUUCAAUUCUACCAGAUGCGAUUCCCGAAUUUACGUUACCAUCCAACGGCACAAAUGGCACCAAUGGAAUCGAGCAUACCGAGCCUCAGAAAGAUGAUGCAGAUGACACAUUGUUCUCAUCCCCCGCCUUUGUCAAGAGAGCCAGAACCUCUUACGGAUCCAUGUUCGACUUCGAUCCUUUUGCCGAGGAGGAUGGAACUGUGGCAGGAAAGGGCAGAAAGAGAAUUAGAUUGAGUUCAGUAUGGAAAUAUACCAGUCGGUCUCCUUCGCCGGAGAGGGAGCCUACGCCGAUAGAAAAGGUGACGGAAGACCCGAUUGCAACUCCACCAAGGCCAAUCAUGAUGGAUGAAGGCUGCCAGACAGUCGAGGUAGCCAUGGACGAUGCGGCCGAGGCACUGGCUAGCUUUUCGCGACAGGCAGUCAAUGUCGGUAGCAUACCCUAUCCAGGUGCGAAUAUCAUGCCAAAUUACGUAUCACAAUAUCUUUCGAGUUCAAUGCCGCCGCCAAAGCUACAAACCGAUGUCCUGGAAGGUGAAAACCUGUUUGUUACCACCCAAAACUUCCCUCGAUCACCCAGACUGCAGCCUCUGUCAUCCGAAGGACUUCCACUCGUAUCUCCUCUCAUAUCUAGAGGCCUUGACUUUUCUGCCAACCAUCCUAUUCUGAGUUCAGAGUCAGCAGAAGGCGACGGGACGCAAAGCCAGCAUACUUCACUGGAAGACAGGCAGGAGGACAUCUAUGGUGCCAGCCCCCAAGGUUUGCGACAUGGAGCAUUUACGACCGCGCCCUCGAUGUUUGAACGUUCCGCUUCCCAAAGCGCUAAUGAGGUCCCCUCAAACAACGUAACAGAAGACCACUUCAUGGCUCCGGAGCUCUAUGAGCAAAUCCACGAAGUAACAUCUGCCUUGCCUUCCGACGACAAGGAUCUUUCAGAUCACGAGCGGUUCUACGUUGAAGAGGAAACCGACGGCAAUGUUCAGAAUCGUAGCAGAUCGCCAAGCUCUUCGCCGCUUGUACCAGCUCAGAUGAAAUAUCCUGACCUGGACGACUAUUCACAACAGCCACCCAUACCAUUAUGGGCUAAUGAACCCCCGGCAGUCACGUACCCGGAAUUUGGUAUAUCAGAGACGGAACAAUAUGAGCAUAGGUCUAGUUCAAGGGCUCCCGUGUCUGCCCCAAUGUCAAGAUCUCAGAGCGGGCAAUCUCAAGCGCAAGCCGUAGAUUUAACCGAAAGCAGUGAUGAGGAAGGACAGUCCCAGCAGGAUGAUGACGCCGAUGGUGAAGCUGAAGAAAUCAGUUAUCCAGACGAGCUUAGAAAAGAAAGAAGUCUUGAUCAGCGACAUACUGCUACGAGAAAAGAACGCAUGGACUGCGAAGACUUGGAUGAGGAAACCUAUGAAAACGACGAACAAUAUAUGUCUGAUGAGCCCCAAGAGGACUCUGAGGACGAGGUUCAUUACAAGUACGACGUUGAUGGAGACGGCAACUACAUUGACAGUGCUGGUAACGUGAUACCUGGACCUGGAGUUCCUUACACGGAGGGAUCUGAAGAGAAUUAUGGAAGUGAUGAGGGCAGCUAUGACGACGAAGAGGAAGUAUCGGGCCAGGAAGAUUACUCCGAAACCUCAGCUCGGGCACCUGCCGCACCUGUCUUUAUCGAUUUGUUAUCUUCUGACGACGAAGAAGAUACCGCUCAACCUGGAACCGCCGAAUCCCUUGGUACUGAACCCCAAACUGCAAGCAGACAAGAUUCUUCAAGCGAGGAAGAAGGAGAGGAGGAUGAUGAGGAUGAUGAGGAGAACGACGAAGAGCAAGAUGAUGAACAAGAACAAGAAGAGGGAGAGGAGGAAGAAGAAAGGGAAAAGAUGAAUUUCGAGUCCAUCAGGACCAAGACGCUAUUAGAAGAUGCAGAAGACUCUGUAAACGAACAAGACCCUGAAAACAUAGACGCAUCCAACGAAGGAGAUCAACAAUUGAGCGAAGAUGAGAUGGAAGUCGAUGAAAUUGUACCCAGCAAUGCCAACUUGGAGUCCUCGCCCCAUAGUGAAAUCCACGAUGAAGAAACGGAGGUUCUUGUGGAGGACACGCAAGUUGUAGUUGAGAUCAAGACGACUGUUGUAGAACUGCAGCAACUCGAGGAUUCACGAAUUUUUCGUCAGGACAGCGUGCCGCUAGCCUUAGAGCCAAGCAUCGCAGAAGACAGCAAACACGACGCGGAGGAAGAGGAGCCUGAGACCGAGAAACUUGAACAUGACUCCCCUCGAAAUGUUGAUGUCGACGAUUCAGAGAAUCCAACGAUAGUGGACGAGCAGGUGAGCCUUGCGCCGAUUACUAGUCCACAGACUGCGAAUGAUGUGAUUCAGGAAGACGUGAAUAGUCCUCUUAAAAAGCCAAUUGUGGAAGUAGUGGUCACUGAUGCAAUGGACAUUGAUCGGAACGAUUCGGAGGACCAUGAAAAGGACCACAGUGUUGCUGAUGAACAGUCAUCGGAACGGGCAGUUCCCGCAAGUAAUGAUUCUGUUGUGCGUACUGUGGAGCAACCUGCCGACGACACUGUGGAGGAAGAAUCUGGUGCGAUAAUUGCGCAGGUAGACGACGAAGCUUCGGAUGAGGAGGCCGAAGAAGCUGUUGAAACUUUAGAAGAGGAGUUUGCUGAAAUUGUUUCCGAAGCCGUUGACGAGGCAGUAGUAGAAGUGAUGGCGGCCCACGAUCAUGAUGCAUCGGCGUCAAAUGGCAACGACGCUGAUCAGCAGGAAAGCCUACCACUAAAGCACCUCGGAGACGACAACAAGAGGCCUGAUGCACUGGAAGUCAGUCCGCUGCGUAAGUCAGGCACUCCUGGCACCGUGAAGCAAACAACAGAACAAAGCCCGGCCCGAGAACAUAAUGAGCAUAACGUUCAUUUUACUCGCAGCAAAGGGCCUGCGCAUCCGCCUCACAAGAAACAUUCCCCGAGAAGAAGUCAUGGCUUAGACGGAGCGAUGGAUGAAGAAAUGUUACCAAAAUCGUCUACCUCAUCCCAGCUACCCGAAGAUGUCAAGCAGUUGCUCAAGCGAGCAGAAGAAGUCAAACAUUUGCUUACGCCAGAGCACACACAAGGCUCAAGAGCUACCCCUGCCAUCGAAACGUCUUUCAAUAACUCGAACGACUCGCAGGUCUCUACCAUCCUCUCACCAAAGGAGCCUUCCCAUACAGUCUCCAAUACCCAGCCCGAUGGCCUAUCUAACACCGAAGCAACAGAAAAGGCUCCUUCACUUCGAGUCACGCGAGCUCGAGGGAAAGUUGCUACAACAGAGGCUCUUAGCGAUAACCCUACAGAGGAUUUGGUCCAAGGCACUGCAACAGCAGAACGAGCGGAAACACCAAAGCAGAUUGCUAGCCCCCGAAAUUCCCAAACCACCAAAGGUGAACCGACAUUGAGUCCUGAAAUCUCUGACGCAACACAUGUCAGCCCUCGCAGAAGUCAUAGGCGUGUUGUGUCGACCACAUCCGCAGCCGAUGCUAGAGAUCUACGAAGCAAGACAGCUUCUAUGUCACUCAGUAAGGAUAACACCAGGCCUAAGACUCCGGUCAAAUCCGGGGAAGCCACAAAGCCUGGAGAUAGCCAAGUGCUAGCUUCUUUUCCAGCGAUUAUUUUAGACCAGAGAGUUUCCCCAGUUGGGCAUGAUGCUAGCGUUGAACUAGCUCUAUCUUCACUCGAAUCUCCAACUAGGACUCGUGACAGGAGCGCACCCGUAGCGGACUUGAAGUUGAAGCUAUCUCGUCAUUUGCGGACCGAACUAAGCGAAUUCACUGCACUUAAGGUCCUGCGAUUUCAUCUCAACCAGAAACUCGAUGUGCUAGCAAUUGCUACGACUACUCCUCCUGAACCGCAACGCGCAAAGGGGGGUCCACGGCACUAUCAGGUCUCCUUCAAUAUCACAGAUCCUUCGAUUGCUCCCAGUGGCGUCAUUCAAGUUCAAGUGUCGAGACCUUACAAAGAUGCUCUUCCAAUUAUUCAAGCAGGUGACGGGGUCUUACUUCGGAGUUUCCAGGUAUCAUCUGUAUCAAGAGGUUUCGCUCUUCGGUCAGAUCAAACUGGGGCAAGCAGCUGGGCAGUCUUCAAGGGUGGUGAUGAGGUGCAAGCCAAAGGGCCCCCUGUAGAAUAUGGAGACGAGGAGAAAGAUCACAUAUCUCAAUUGAGGCAUUGGUACGGUACUUUGGACUCGACAGCCAUGGUCAAAAUCAAUAGGGCAAACUCGGAGAAAGGAAUGGGCAGCCCUACUGGAAAACUGUAG